AUGACUGAGAUUGUCUUCAAAACAAUCUGGCAAUCGGAUGAGCUGAGCCGACUCCAGAAUCCCAGCCAGGAGCAGAUCAGAUGCAAAGGAGACAUGUCGGGAGUCAACCUGGAGCACGCCAGAAGAGAAAAGAAAUGGCUCUUCGCCAAGAAGAAAAAGUCUGUCUCCUUCCAUGGGACAGAGCGUAAUAAGACCAUCGAUGAUGCACAACUCUCCUGUCCAGAGCUGAGGCGAUCUGUUGCAUCCACCAAUGUGUCCACCCUCAACCUAUCCUGCGACAAGGAAUCCACCGACAGCGCUGAGAGCCUGGACUCCAGGAAAUGCCAGUCUCCGGUCACGGGCACAGACGAUGUGAAGGUGCCAUGGUCCAGCAGGCAGCUCAGUGUCAGUCCGUGUGCGAUCUUUCUGGACAGGGUUGAGAAAAAUAAAAACGCUACUAACUCCUUGAGGGAAUACACUCGGAAACUGGAGGGCAAACACAAGAAGCUUGAGAACUUACUGAACAAGCUGGAGAGUGACAGAAGAGGCAUGCUUGAUAAUUCAUUAUUCCUCGAGAAAAGCAAUAAACAGAAUCACACGUUUGAAAUGGAGAAUAAUGCCUUACAGCAGAGAUCAUCGGCUGUUGAGAAAAACAAGAAACUGAAGCAUACGUUUGAAAUGGAGAAUAGUGCCUUACAGCAGAGAUCAUUAGCAUUUGAGAAAAGCAAUAAACAGAAACACACAUUCCAAAUGGAGAAUAAUGCCUUACAGCAGAGAUCAUCGGCUGUAGAGAAAAGCAAUAAACAGAAUCACACGUUCGAAAUGGAGAAUAAUGCCUUACAGCAGAGAUCAUCGGCUGUUGAGAAGAAUUUAUGCCAGAAGAUGAUGAAGGAUGACACUCAGUGGCGUGACAACGUGAGGAAAGAAUCGGAGGAUGGGUUGGCUGCCACUUUAGAGAAGAAAGCAUCCAGUGUGGGCAACCCCCAGUUACAGAUUCUGGAACAGAUUGCACGCUCAAUGAGCGACUUGAGACACGUGCUGACAUCGCAGUUAAAUGAAAUCAAGGAAAAAAGUAACUUGCCCAGCACCUCAUCGAAUCUCAUAGAUAAAGAACCAAACAUCUCCCCAAUUAUGCUGGAGAAUGUGAGGGAAAGUCUUGGUAAUGUGGUUGACAAGUUUCAAAGCAAAACUGCUCACCAGCGAGACAAGCUGAAGAUGUUGAACCAGUUUGAUGGUAACUUUGAAGCUUUUAACCAGCAAUGGGAGCGCACCCAGAGGGAACAUCAACGCACCACACAGAUGAUCCAAGAACUGAGAACCGAGAUUGACAGCAUUGCGAACACCUCAAAGAGGAUGGUCUCAGCUUUCGAUCAAAUCCAAGAGAACAUCCACAACCUGGGCCACAUCAAGCCAUUGAUUGAGAACAUCCAGAAACUUCUAGAAAGGAGAAAGAAACAACAGCGCAUUGAGGAAAGAUAUAUGAGUUCCAUCAGUCAGAGAUCAAUGCAGGGUGAGGUGCUCCAGCGUAUGGUGGAUCAGGCAGUGCUGCCCCUGGUGGAGAGGAUUCGCAUGUGUCAUUAUCCGUUUACCUGUAAUGAGUGCAGCGGGAACUGCAAACAUAAAAUGAUAACACCCUGAAGAGGGCCUUCUGCAUUUAAAUAUAAAAUUAA